AGGAUUUGUAACAGGCGUCGAAGAAAAAACUCGUCUCUAUUAUGUUUGGUUAUGUAGGAGUAGUGAGAAUGAAACUCAAGUGACACGUUUGAAGUUGUACGUGUCGGUCGUUUACAUGAGGAACGAUGUCGAGUUACCUAGCAAGGAUUUUAUUUUAUCCCACACUCGCUUACAAUGUUGUCAUGGAAAAGAUCACUUCCAGGCAAUGGUAUAACCGCGUGGACCAUACUGUCAUUCUUGGUGCGCUUCCAUUCAGGUCAAUGACAGAUGAGUUGGUCCAACAAGAGAAAGUCAGGGGAGUUAUUACUAUGAAUGAAGAAUAUGAGACAAAAUAUUUCUGCAAUUCAUCUGAGGAGUGGCGAGCUGUUGGCGUUGAGCAGGUCAGACUCAGCACAGUGGACCUGACAGGUGUUCCCAGCCUAGAGCACAUUCACAAGGGUGUGGACUUUGCCUUGAAACACCGAGAGCAAGGCACCAGUGUCUAUAUUCACUGUAAGGCUGGCCGCUCACGCAGUGCAACUAUUGCAGCCGCAUACCUCAUUAGGCUGCACUGUUGGAGUCCAGAGGAGGCCUGUAAGAUGCUGGCCUCAGUCCGGCCUCAUGUGCUGAUCCGUUCGGCCCAGUUUGACAUUCUCCAAGAGUACUACAAGCAAGUGUGUGCUUCACAGUCCAUCUAGAAGAAUCACAGUGUACAAAUGCUGACAAUAAUGCUAACUCUGAUAUACUGUAGAGCCUUUAUAAGUUGUUUUUCCUUGUUGGAGUGCAUAUUUUUCUAUAUAUUCUUUCAAGAAUUUAUGUACUGUACAUAAAAGCGGACUUAAAGCUAUUAUAACGUCCAUCUGCAUCAACAAUUACAUUGUGAAUAAAACAAUAUUGUUGUCAUUUCUAUUACCUCAGAUGUUUUAGAAAGUGAAUUUACAAAUAUUAUUUAUUUUUGAUUGAGUUAGUGAUGUAAUGUUUUUAACGUUUUCUUUUUUUUUUUUUAAUUUGGAGCUUUUAACCGGCUUCUUUGUAUUAGAAGCUGUUAAAAAACUGCAUCUGGAAAAUGGUCUUUUGUUUUUUUGUGCAUGUUAUCUAUAAGGUCAUGAUAUUUUAUAAUUGUCAAACAGUAGGUUUGAAAGAAAUCCUGUCUUGGCAACUUAUUUUUAUGAUUAUAUACUAUAAUGAAACAGAGUCCAUUUGCAAUACAUUUUAAUAAAUAUGAUGACAAACAACAGCA